AUGGCGCCUAGGCUAACACGCGGCUUCUCGUUCUUCGGACUGGUUGGGGCAACCAUGGCAGCGCUGAAGCUCAAGGAACAUUUCGAUGGAUAUAACCAACUUUCUACUGAAGAAGAAGGAAGAGUGGCACUCCAUAGUCCAUCUGCUGAUUACCAGGACAGGGAAGCUGGCCUGCAGACCCUCGAAGAGGAAGAGGGAUUGCUUUCCACUAACAUUCAGAAGCCGGUCAGGAAACCCCGUAACCCACGCUGCGUUUGCUGCGGUCUAAACUGCGGUCUGUUCUGUAAAGCUCUUGCAAUAGUGGCGGCCUUUUUCGUGAUUGUAUCAGUUGGGAAGUUCAUAUGGUGGGCUCUUACUCCAUCCCCCACUGGACUUGAGGGAAUGCCUGUAUUCAGCGAAUCCCUUGGUUGUUUGGACGCUUCGUAUCUGUAUAAUGGCGGAGAAACCACUAUAUCCAUUCCUGUCGGUGACAGGUAUGAUCAUGCUGUUGAUGUUCACGGCGACGGCGUUGGAACAUUCACUGUCACUGAAGCUCCCGCCGACAUCACUGAAGUCCAGUACAAGCUGACCAUUCAGACGAACGACCAGUCUCUACUCGACCAAGUGACAUUGCAAUAUCCUGCAGCCAAGUCCGAUGGUAGCUCUGAUGGCAAUAGUCGUUUGCUUAUCGGUACCCCUCGCUUGAACCAAGACUCGUCCUCGUGCAUACGCUACGACGUGACCAUGUAUAUCCCCAAGACGCUGAAGAAACUUCACAUCCUUCCUCAUACUGUUGCACAAGUUCGUUUCGACCCGCAGGCCCAUAUUGAUUUGGAAGACACAUUUGUGACCCUGUACAAGAUGGACAGGCUUAACAUCAUAGAACCUCACGAGAACCUUCGCUCCACAAGCCUAGCUCUGGAAGUUUAUAGAGGAUGGAUCGUAGGCCAUGCUGCGAUUGUCAACGAGACUGCUAUCACCACGCAGCGCGGAGACGGUGUGAUGAAUGUGCAUAUUCAUCCGACUGCUCCUGCUGACCCAACAAAUCCUGAACCUGUUUCACUUCGCACUACGACUGGCGCUGGACGUACGGAUUUGUUCUAUGACAACGACAAGGCGUACCCACAUCGUCCUAUCCGGAGCGUCCAUUUGUCUUCCAGAAAUGCAGACGUGUACCUGACGUACAAGAAUGCAGAAUUCGACGGUAAUGUCAAGCUUGACUCAAGCUCUUUUACUACUACGGGCUCUAAGCCCUAUUCUUUGGGAGGUCAGGCGAAAGGUCAGUGGACACAUUGGGUAGGAGACAUGGAUGGAAAUGAUGAAAUCUCCAUCAAAUCGAAAGGCUGGACGGGAUUAUACUUCUAG